GCACGUGGUGUAUCUAAAAAGAAAAAUGUCGCAACAACGAAAAAAGUCAGCGAAGAAUCCUGAUACUUCAAAGUCAAUCCAACCUGUGACUACUCCUCCGACGUCAAGCCAGCAACCUGGAACCCCUCCGUAUGUUUCUGGAGCUAGUCGUGUGCAGCUCAAACGACAAAAUAACGACUGUAUGGUUGCCUAUGUACAAAAUCUUUCACCAGAAAAAAGAAGCAAAAGAAAUCCAAACUGUCGAUACUAUAACAUGCAGUUACAGACAAACGACGGAAGUUUUGAAGCUGUCUGUUACAAACCUGGGGCAAAAAGGUUAUUUGAGGAAGCAUGUACACAGAAAUCAGCAAUAAAGUUAACACGGUUCAAAAGAAAGGCAAACUAUAAAAAUAAUUUGAUACAAGAUAUCGAAAUUGGAAAAUUCACAACAGUGUCUGGGGAUACUGCUAAUUUCCCAUAUGUAGGAUUGAAAAAAGAUGUGGCACAACUCACCACAGUCGUGGAUAUAAAAUAUCAUGGUUAUGACAAACAAAUGGUGUCUGUGGAAGGCUACAUCAAUGUCAAUGAAUGCUACCAGUCUGCGUAUAGUCAAUUCAGCUCCAAGAAAGAAGUUUACUUCAAUGACGAUACCAACGCUAUUGUCCUGACACUAUGGGAUGAUUGCAUAAAUCUUGUUCCUCGAAGUGGGACAUAUAAAUUAUCUAAUGUAAUUGUGAGGUGUUUGGAAUCUUACAAGGAUGAGCCUGUUAUUAUCAGCACAGUGUCGAGCACGGUGAUUGAGAUUUCAGUGGUUAACAUCAAGCAAAUGAUGCCAGCUUUUACAAUCAAUCGCAUAAAGAAAUUCCCAAUUCUGGAUUUUAACAUAUCAGCAAGAAACAAAAAGUGUCCCAAAUGCAAAACAAACGCUGCUGCCGAUUCGCUGACUGAUUUUUUCAAAUGCAUUUCGUGCUCGUCUUUUUCAAGAUAUUCAAAACUUGAAACUAUGCGAACAGUCAAAGUAACAUUUGAAGAAGACAAAGAAAAGGAGGUAACAAUAUUUGGGAUGCAGCUGCAAGAUUAUUGUGCACAUUUUGGGAUCAGCGUGAAUGACGAAGAUGCCAUAACUGAAAGUUUUCUAAAAAACGAAAAAUCAAGUGCUGUAGUUAAUCGACAGGAUGUGUGUGUUGCUUUUAAACAUUAACCAACUCAAAACUUUUAUGAACACUUUUCAGUUAUUAUUGGUUGUUGUUUUUUGUUAACUUUGUGCACUUAUGCAUUUUAUUUUUGGUUAUAUAUUUGUGGGUAAUUACUAACUAUAGCUAGCUAUAAGUGGCUCUACCUAUAUCUCUAUCUUGUAACAUUUCACAAAGGAACGAAAAAACUUACUUUCUUGUAGCCAGCACACGAAAUUGCACUCUAGCUAAAACUACCACUCAUAUUUUGUUCGUAAAUCAGUCAUUGACACUGUAAGUGACUGGUUGGUUUUAUAUUUGAUAUGAUAAUGUUUAGAUAGCAAUAGAUUUUGUUCUCAAUAACAUUUGCAGAGACAACAUCCUGUUCUCCUUAAUUAGGCGGACGUCACAAAUAUUUGGUGUUAGAGUCACCGACCGACCCUAAUUUUUGAUCGAAAUUUUUGAUAUACUGAGUCGGAAAAACUAAAAUGACAAAAAAAUAUACGCUGGUUGUCUCCCCACAGCCAUUACCCACCAUUAUUGUUGUGCUUCGCUUUAAAAUGCGAAAAGGGUUCUGAGAACUAGUUGAAAACGGCGCGCGGAAACUCUAUUUAAACGAGGUGCCAAAGUUAUCAUUAAAUAUCGGCGAUUUAAUGGCUGGAUGGUUGGA